AUGAUGGCGUUCCGGCUAGCCGGGUUAUUCCUGGUUCUCGCCCUCGGCUUGGGACGUCACUUUUCCAACGAGCAGGAGCCCCGAUGUCGGUGUGGUCCGGACGAUGAUUGCUGGCCAUCCCCCACGGCGUGGAAUCAACUUAAUGAGACCAUUAAUGGUCAUCUGACGCAGCUACGCCCAGUUGGUGCUGUGUGCCACGAGAAGCAUUUCUCAAACAGCUCCUGUAGUGAGCUCAUCCAACACUAUCGCAACACCACAUGGCGCGUCAACAAUCCCGCCGCGCUGCAGGUAGACACCUGGGAACAUUCGCGUUCACUGAAGCAGAGUUGCCACGCCCAACACCUGCCGGGACACGGUGAAUGCCGCCAGGGCCGCGUCGCACACUACUCAGCCUACGUCGAUUCCGUAUGGGCAGUGCAGCAGGUGAUUCAAUUUGCCACCACCCAUCGCCUGCGACUGGCCAUUCGCAACACCGGUCACGAUCUGGCAGGACGUUCAUCAGCUCCAAACUCACUGCAACUUCAUACCGCUGGUCUUAAGGGCAUUAAUUAUGUGGAAUCCUUCACUCCUCAAGCUCCAGCCGGUCAACCAGUGCUUGCAGAAGGUCCUGCGGUGACCGUAGGGGCAGGGGUCCUCACAGGAGAGCUUUACUCGGCGGCCGCAGAAGCAGGAUAUACCGUAGUAGGAGGAAGCUGCAGUACGGUUGGAAUUGCGGGUGGCUGGAUGCAAGGUGGUGGCUAUGGGAUUUUGACCCCAUCACGAGGCCUGGGGGUCGACAAUGUUUUGGAGAUUGGGAUUGUAACAGCGCAGGGAGCCUAUGUCAUCGCGAACCAGUACCAAAACCAGGAUCUCUUUUGGGCUGUUCGUGGAGGCGGCGGGGGCACAUUCGGGGUCAUUGUGAACGUUACAUUUCGCACCUACCCAGAUUCUCCCGUGAGGGUUUCGAAACUGAAUGUAAUCAGUCCCAAUGGGCUGAGUUCAGCCUUCUGGGACGCCGUAACGGAUUUAAUCCACGCCAUUCCUGUCCUGGUGGAUCGCGGCGACGCUGUCCAAGCCAUUGUGAUCCCUAUCAUGCCUGGCAACGCGACAUUUCUCUCCAUCGAGUCUUACCUCAUCAACGAGACGUAUGUCGGCGGUCUCAAUGUUCUUCAGGAGCUACGCGGAGGUAUUGAAGCCCGCGGUCUAUCAGUGGAGUCGUCCGAAGAGUCCUUCGAUCGGUUGUCUGCGUAUCUUGCGAUUCCCAAAGGUUUGGACCAGGCCGGCAUGGGGAUGAUGACGGCUUCACGAUUAGUUUCGCGAGAGCUAAUGGAGUCGACUCAGGGGCCUUUGCUGAUUAGCCAGACGCUCGCCCAGCUUACUUACGAGCCCGGAAAUGUGUUCAGCCUAGACGGAAUGGUCGGUGGACCAGCUGUACGAUUCAAAGACACAGCGAACCGCGCAACCCAUCCAUCCUGGCAAUCUGCGGUGAUGUCCCUAACUCUGGGCCACAGCCUACCAUCAGCCCCAGAUUGGACCGCCUACAGCCGUGCCCAGCGCGAACUAGCGAUGACGCAGCUACCGGCGCUUCAUGCCCUCGAACAGGGGACGAUGGGCGGGUACCUGGGAGUUCCGUUCCCGUACGAAAGCGACCCUUCUCAGGUGUUCUGGGGAUCCCAUUAUGAUCGACUUCUGACACUCAAAGGGCGUUGGGACCCCGAUGAUCUGUUCAUGACUCGAUUGGGGGUGGGCUCGGAGCGGUGGGAUGAGGAAGGCAUGUGUCGAGUUGGUCGGAGGCAGGCUUCACGGUGGCUGUAUUCCAACCUUGUAGAUCGCGUCAAAUUAUGGACAGCGUAG